AGUGUCCUGAUAGUGUCAUUAGUAGCAUUUAUUCUGUUCUUAAUCGUUGGAGAGGACACAUUUUUGAGGAAUUUCCACUGGCUGGUACAUCAAUGUUUGUUGUGAAAGCUUAUCUACCUGUUAAUGAAUCCUUUGGAUUCACUGGUAAUCUUCGUGGCAGUGCUGGAGGUCAGGCAUUCCCACAGUGUGUGUUUGAUCAUUGGCAGUUAUUGCCUGGUGAUCCUUUGGACAGCAAGUCAAUGGCUGGAUCUGUUGUAGUGGAGACAAGAAAAAGAAAAGGAUUAGCUGAAACUGCCAAUGUUCCUUCACUUGGAUAAACUUUGAAAAUAUUAAUUUUUGCUUCAUUUUAUAUUUAAAAUUGGUUACCUUUUAAUUUUUACUUUUGUGUGCAUUUACAAUGUAGUUUUAGAUCUAAGUGAGUUAUAUAUAAUUUAAAAUCUCAUUUCGAUGUUUUUAAAAUUUUAAACUUGGGGGCUGUUAUUUUAUAAGGUUAUUCACUGGUUCACUGGAAAAG